UUUAGCCACUGAAAUCGCUUAAACUCUUUCAAUUGAAUUUCACAAGUUUUGAAGGGUGUUUUUAGAAUGGAACUAGCGAAGAAAUGUCCGUUUUUGGCCCGCGUUCCUGCGUCGUUCGUUCGCAAAGCGAGGGGACCAGUAUUGGUCUCUUACGCCGAGCGAUGCCCAGUUAUGUCCGAAGUCUUACAUAAGGAGAGCGAAACCCCGAUGAAAAACGAAGGUAAGCUCUAUCAUUCUUUUUAUAAAUGCGUUCUUUCCUUCUUGAUCGAAGUGUUCUUUGUUAAGUUGUUAUGAACGUGAUGUAAAGGAUCUAGACCAAUAGCUUUGAAAUUGACAUCGUCCCGAUCACCAACCUACUAGUAAUACCAUCUGAUUUUGUCUCCUUUUUUACACAGGAGCGAAGACCUAUGGAGCAACAACUUCUGCCAAAGGUAUGUAUGCUAAAUAGACUUACUAUUACGUUUGACAAUAUUGAAAAUUAAGAUCAUGUAAACAUAAAGUUAUAUUGUUGCAAAGCCUGUGCUUACAUAAGUUCAACAAAAGAGCCUAACUACAUUUUACGUAAUUAAGCUUAAGUUUAAUCCUUUGCUUUAGUAGAACGAAAAGUUCCAAAAGCGGUUGAACUCUGCGAAAACUGAUUCCUGUAAAGUGGCAAAUCAAGCAACUGUCCUGAAUAGUACACAUCUCUCGGCUCGCUCAUGAGUGUCCGCGUUAGUCCGCUCGCGAACAUGCCUGCUUCAGCAUUUCAGUCAAACAUUAACAGAGUGUGAUUUAAAAUUUAAAAUUUUAGAUCGCCUCAUUAUUGUACCCUCUCGAACUACAGCCUCGAAAAAAUCAACAGAGCUUUUUUUCAAAUUUCUUUUCCUUAGCGUUUUCUGAACAUUCGUGAGACUGUCACCCCAAACCGGAAUUUCUUACUCACCUCAAUUGACGUAUUUCUUUGUUAUGCAGAAGUUUUAGUUCUUCCUUUGUUCACUUCAAUAUUAUUGUCGUCAACGCCAUUAAGAUUCAAUUUAUUUGUGACAGUGUCUUUUUCUGUUAAGUCAUUGCUAACAACUUGUUAACCUUUGGCUUAAAUCUCCUUCAGCGGAUAAUUAUGAUAUUGCCUUUGAGACCAAAAAGCUUUAUCUCUUUUUUUGUUGUUUCACUGAAGUGUUGAAAUUAAUACACUGUUACAAACUGAUGACUGAGAUUCAUUGAGAUCAGUGUCACCUUGGUUGGUUGAGGAUACUGGUUAUGAAUGCCGACAAAACAAAAACAAUGGCCCUACAUUUAAUGAGGUCCUGUUAAUUAGGCUUAAAGUCUGAUAAGUGUCAUGGCCAUGAAAAAGCAAUAUAAGGCGAGAUGAAAAGACGAUAAAUGACAUUAUGAUGGAAAUACUGACAGGAUAGGGAUAUAAGUUCCCUCUACCCUCCCCCCCACCUCUAAUGUUGGGAGCUUCCUGAUUUUGCUAUGUCACUCUGUUGGUUUUGUUUAUAAAUUGUGGCCAAAUAAUUAAGUUAAAGGCAUGUUCCUAUUGGUCACUGAGUUGGAUUGUUGCACAUGCUCAAGUCCAACGUAAGGGCCAGUUUAGAUUCCUUGAUGUGUUGGCCCUGAUUCAGAAACCACUGUCUAUACAAAACAUAUGCUAAACACAAAAACUGGGCCAUUUUUUACGUGGGGUAUUUCUUUUACAGAAAUAGUCUUGCUCAAUAAACAAUAUUGUUGAUUUAAACCUGUGGUUACAGUGACUGUUGGGCUGAGAUAGAUCAUUCCAACUCAUUUAAUUAUUGUGUUACCUAAUGUUGUCUAGGUAUUGUGGGUCGAGGAACAUUGAUCAGAUCAUUUCUGAUUCUCUGUGAAUCAAUUUCAUUUGUCACUGAGUCUCAUUAUUGUGUUCUUUCCAUAUUCUUUUAAGUUUCAUAAAUUUUGCCUCCCCUUUUUCCCCUCCCCCACCUUUAGCCAUUAGCUAUUUCGGAGGGCUAAUUAAACUGUGGUUCGUCUUUUGUCUUAACAGCUGGAAAGUGUCCAUUUAUGUUCAAUUCAGCCACUGAAGAUGCUCAGGUGAAAGUUGAUCAGUUUGCUGGCUGUGCAUGUGAUUACAGGGAAGGUGCACCUAAGAAGGAGUCUUCUGUGCCAGCAGGUUUGUAAAAUAUCAACGUCUUUAUCUUUUUCAUAGCCGUUGCCACCGACGAAACUAAACCCAUGGUUAGGUCUGUUUGUGAGUUAAUUAUAAUUAAUGCUGAAAUCUUUGUUCUGGGUCCCCGCCGACCUGUGUACUAGGGUUUGAACAUGAGCAUAAGGAGAUAGAGGAUAUUACAUGGCCGCGCCGAGAUAUGAAAUUUCUCUUCGAGUGUUGAAAAAUAUUUCACAAGUGAGCGCAGAGAACGAGUGAGAUAUUUUUUCAACACUUGAAGAGAAAUUUCGUAUAUCCAAGUGGCCGUGUAAUGUUCUAUUUAUUAUAUAAACACCAAUGAAAUACCAAACCAUUUCACUUGAAUAGUUUUUUGGUAUGAAAGGGGCGAUUUAUUACGUAGCCAUAGCAACGGUGAUAUUUUCACAUGUGAAGAUAACAUGUUAUUUUCACAUGUGAAGAUAUCAAGUUGUUGUGCAAAAGCUCACCUGGUAUUUCAUUGUGGUUUAUAUAAUAAAAUCAUUUAUUGUAUGGUUACUGAUAUGAUUCUAAUUCAGUUUUAGAAGGAUUUAAUUUCAUGUUUCAGCUUAUGGUUAUGUUACUAUGUAAGCUACUAGUGAGGACAUAAUUGGAAAAAUUAAUAUUAGUAUUUUUGGUUUGAUUCAUGACUUGAAAUCUUUCCAUGGAGACUAAAUUUUGUUUUGACUGAUUAACUUUGCUUCUGAGCAUUUCUUGUUUCCAUCACAGUCAUGGCUGUACAUAGAGGCAUGACUAAAAUCCUUGAUGGCAGAUCCAAGAGCUAUUAAGAGUUAUCACAUAAUUCUAGAGACUACUUAUGUUGAAUAUUCUAUGAUUUGUACUGCAGCUGGAGUUUUUAAGUCAUGGUUAAGUUAAAAUACAGUUUUUAAAUAACAAAAUAGAGCUAAAACAAUAACCCCCAAACUGGCCUUGAAGAAGGUUAACACAUACUUGAUUUGUGUUUCCAACAGAUGGCAAGUGCCCAUUUUCAAGUGGCAAGUUGGUGGUUGAUGCUUUGCAAAAAAUUCACCCCACCCCUGCUAUGAAAGUAGGAAGUGUGCUUCCUCAGACCAUUGGUGUGCGUCAGAUGGUGACUAUGCCUUUAAGUGCCCAAGGUAAGGUAUUAAAAUGGAAGUUUAUAAUUCAGGAUCGCUAGAUGCCUAAGUGACCUCUGAAUACCAUUUCUAGCCACUAUGAGAUUUAUUUAUAGGGUUCUAAGACUUCUAAACAGAUUCUAAAUUGCUGUUUUGUCUUUAUUGAUGUGCUAAGUUUACCUUUAAAAACUUAAUGUAUACUCAGUACUGACAUAGCAAUUUUUUUUGUCUUACAGGUUUAGCUCCAAGCCUUGAAGCCUUCAAUUCUCAUUUUGAUUACGAUCAGUUCUUCAUGGGGGAAAUUGAGAAAAAGAAGAAGGAUGACACGUAUCGCAUCUUUAAGAAGGUGAAUCGUCUGGCAGAAACAUUUCCUCAUGCCAAAGAUUUCAGUUACAACACUCAAGGGAAGAACAUCACAGUAUGGUGCAGCAAUGACUAUCUUGGAAUGAGCCGACACCCAGAGGUCUUGAAAACUGCUAGGUAAGAUUGGCAUGUUAUGUACUUAGUCUUAACAGUUGGUGGCAGGACAGACCCCGAAAGGGAGCGAGGGAGGGUGCUGCUCUGGAAUUUUUUUGUUACCUUGUGGGCCACCAUUUGUAUAAAAAUGAGUGGCCUUGUCUAUAUCUACUAAUAGUAGUACUUGAAACAGCUCCUGUCAGUGUAGAUGAAGCAUUUUAAGCUCUAGUAUCAACUUCUAUGCUCUCUGUUGUUCUACAGUGUAGUCUUAUUUUUGAGAGAUUGAUUCCUUUCUCUUAUAACUUCUGCGACACGUGUAUUGAUAUUGUUUGAGCAGUUACAGUAUAGCAAUAUUUCGCUCUAUGUCACCUAUUGAUAUUUUUGUGAAAACCAGAGGCUUUUUAGCUCUUGAAGAAAUGGGCGACUUUUGAUGCAGUGGUUGGUACCUUUGAAUAACAAAAACAAUCUUUAAAAAAUGGAAGGAUCACUCUGUGAAAUGAAGAAAUAAUUUGCUGCGUCACCAGUUUCGCUCAAAGUGUAGAAUUUCAUAGUUAAGCUAUAACAAUAAUUUACCAACUGCCACUAGUUUAGGAAUGGUAGUAUCUACAGCAGUAUUUGUAUUUGGUACCAAGUAUUUUCCUGUAUUUUGGUUCCAGUGUAAUUAAAAAAAAACAUAACUUUGAUCCUCCUGCAGAGAAACUAUUGAGAAGCAUGGAGUGGGUGCUGGUGGCACCAGGAACAUCUCUGGAACAAGCAGCUUUCAUGAAUCCCUCGAGGCCAGGCUUGCUGAGAUACACAAGAAGGAAGCAGCCCUGCUGUUUACAUCUUGUUAUGUUGCCAAUGACACUACUCUAUUUACACUGGCACGGCAGUUACCUGGUAUGCAAAAACGCACCUAGUAGGAAUAAUGCGACUAGAGCUGUAGUCCCUGGAAUUGAGUACAAAACAACAGGAUUUUAGAGUGCCUAAUUUUAUCCUGCUAUUAAAAGUUAUGUCAGCAUAGUAGUAGUAGUACAUAGGAGUUUUGUUGAAUGGUGUCAGACCAUUAUUUGGUCACACUUAGGAUUUAUGAACAGACCUAAAAGUUAGAACCACCUUGUACAGCAUAAUGAACAGUACUGCGGGAAAGUACUGCUCAGUAGCUUUCAUUUGAAUGGUCACACUUCAGGAUUUCAUCCACAGACCCAAAAUUUAGGACCACCUUGUACGGCAUUAGCUUUCAUUUGAAUGGCCACACUUAAGCAUUUCAUCCACAGACUCAAAAGUUAGAACCAGCUUGUACAGCAUAAUAAACAGUACCACAGGAAAGUACUGCUCAGUAGCUUUCAAUUGAAUGGUCACACUUGAUUAUUUCAUCCACAGACUCAAAAGUUAGAACCAGCUUGUACAGCAUACAUCUAGGUACUGAUUAUUAUGCUGUACAAGGUGGUUCUUACUUAUGAGUCUGAUGACACAAUUUUUCAGCUUUAAAAACAUCCUUUCGCGCCUUUUUUCCCCAAAUUUCGCUCAAAAAAAUAAUAAUAAUAAAACAUCUUAUUAUCUAUACAAACCACCGCAACCUAUCUUAUUUAUUUUAUUUAUUUGGUUCAUUGUGUUCUUUAUUUAUUCACUUCUUUGUUUAUAUAUUUUCUCAGGCUGUUUGAUAUUCUCCGAUGCUGGUAACCACGCAUCCAUGAUCCAGGGAAUUAGGAACAGUGGCGCUAAGAAGUUCAUCUUUAGGCACAAUGAUGUAGAACACCUUGAACAGCUGCUUGAACAAGCAGACCCUGACGCGCCUAAGAUUGUUGCUUUCGAGACUGUUCAUUCCAUGACGGGUGAUGUGUGUCCAUUGGAAGAGCUGUGUGAUGUAGCGCACAAGUAUGGGGCGUUGACAUUUGUUGACGAGGUUAGUUCCUCCAUUUUGAGAAAAAUACUGACGAACCCGGUUGAAACAAAUGCUUUGUUCAUGUAAAAGCUUGCAAGACGAAGAACAGCAAGCGAGUAUUUCUUAGAUUAAUUAAAGAGGAUAUGUAAUGAGGGUAAUGCUGAUUUAGGGCAAUUCUGUGCUGACGUCAUUCCUGUGGAGUUAUGAAGAAGACAGGAAACAAAUUUCAUCGGGGAGCACUAACUCCAAUCAUUUCUUUUGGUGAUUUGUGCUGACAUAGCACUUAGAUGUAGCAUUAAACUUGAAAAAGUUGGCCCAUCUUUUUGAAGUUUCAAUCUAUGUCCAUCCUUGCCAUCCGUUUUCACUGACGACAUGAAACAUAAAUAUAGCCUUAAAUAUCAAAACUGGACCAUUGUUUUUGGAAUUCAAUUGAUGCGAAGACGAGUUUUACCUGUAAAAAGAUAGCAAAUAGCGUGAAGCGAAAGCUUGCCCAAACUAUUAGAGUGAAACUGUUGAAAAAGUAUCUACGCUUUACUGAGACACGAAAACCCACAAAACCCUGCACAAGAUAUAUACAGUACAUGCAGGUCUAUACUUCAGACUGAUAUUAAACCUUCUCUGGUUGACUUAAGCUCAAACUUUUCUACCAUGUUUCAUCUGCAGGUCCAUGCAGUGGGUUUGUAUGGCCACAGCGGCGCGGGUAUCGGAGAUCGUGACAAUAUCAUGCACAAGAUGGAUAUUAUCAGCGGAACCCUCGGCAAAGCCUAUGGAGCCAUCGGUGGUUACAUCGCCGGAACUGAGGCGCUGGUUGACAACAUCCGUAGCUAUGGUUCCGGGUUUAUCUUUACCACUUCCUUGCCCCCUGUCACCGUGAAUUCCGCCAUAACGUCCGUUGGUAUCCUUGCCAGUGGCGAAGGACGAGAGCUGCGCAGACAACAUCAGAGUGUGGUGCACACACUGCGCAAUAAGCUCGUCAGUGCUGGGUUGCCUGUGGUGUAUGCUCCGAGCCACAUUAUACCUGUGCAUGUAAGUGUUGUCUUUAUGUCUGUAGUCAGGCAGUUAUAGAAAUAGAAAAGAAGAAAUCCGUCUCGGGAGUUUGAGAUUUCGAGAACGGACAUCUGGAGUCAGGGUACGCCAUCAUGUACUUAAAAUCUUUGGGUGCUUUUUUUAGGUUGGCGAUCCUGCCAAGUGCACGGCCAUCUCCAAUGAGAUGCUUUCCAAAUAUGGCAUGUACGUUCAGUCCAUUAACUACCCCACAGUGGAACGAGGCAAGGAGAGACUGCGCAUUGCACCAACACCCCAACACAAUGAAGAGAUGAUGGAUAAGUUCACUGAUGCUUUGGUCAAGGUGUGGCGAAACAAUGGCAUGGAGUUCCUUACUCCUGUUUGCACCACCGAGUGCGAUUGCCAGGAUCGCUGCAUCACUUACAAGGAGCUGGAUUGUGACAAGUACGCUUCACAAGUGGGAGCCGCCUAGAGCUGUUGGCACUCCGAAUCUGGCCGCUUAAUGAGUUGUGUAGCACAUAUUCUACACAAUGGAAUAAGCCUGAAUUGUCAAUUGUAGUAAUUUAAGUUACAAUGUAAUUUCAAUCUGGAAUUGAAACUGGAAUAAUCAGUCACGCUUACGCAUCUAUAAAAGUGUCGUCUCUUUGUUGUGAUAUUUUUCACGCUUAUCAUGCACUCUAACACGCGGAAUCUUUGAAGAAACAGUUCUUUUGUCCCUAACGUUUCUGUUAAACCCCUUGUUAUUAAAUUAAUCCAGAAAGACAGUAUUAUGCAUCACAACGAAAAUUGAACAUGGCCUCUCUUGUUGCAGAUGUCACUUCUUGAAACUGCCCCGCUCUGAAUAGCCCCCCCCCCCACCCCCCCCCCAACCCCCACCCCCCCCCCCCCCACCCCCUACACAAACAACGACCACCAACCACACGAAUCCACCCCACCUCACCCUACGACACAAGCGCAACUCCCUUUCACCCCCCCCCCUUUUUGUAAACCCCUUUUUUAUAAAAAAAUACAAAAAAAAAGAAUUUGGCUCCCACCCGAAAAAUUAACUGGGCCCUUUUUGUUGAAAAAUUCCCUUUCUUAAAAUAUUCUCCCCCCCCCUCGAAAACCCCCCCCCCCCCCCCCAACACACACACCCACCUACCCCCCCCCCCCGCCGCUUAAAAAAAAAAGCCUCGUCGAAAAUUAAUGGAUACCUCACCAUUUUUUCAUGGACCGUAGUGCACCUUGU